GUGGGGGUGGGAUCUGGAGCUCCCCUUCCUCCCCCUCACCACAGCUACCACACACAGCAGCCCCCUCCCAGCCUAGACGUCCCCUCACCCCCCCUUCCCGUCGGCUCUCUCUGCCCCGGUUGUGUGUGACUGUCCGCGCAAGCGCGGAGCCCCUUUCCCUCAGGACAAACUGCUCCCCCCAGCCCCCACGGCAGCCCCAAGGGGGCUCGGGUUGUCAGUCAAUCUGUCCCGGCUGGGGUGAGGGGAAGGGAACUGGGCUGCCUCGACGGCCUGCGGCUGUCCGAAAGAGCUCGGGGCGAGCAGUGCUGCCAAAGAAGUCGGUGGCUCGCGUGGCAUCGAGGGGAGGGAGGAGAGGAAGAGGUACUCUUCCCUUGGCCUUCAGUUAGCCCCCAACUGGGAGCUUCCUCUUGCUCGUCCCCUCACACUGCCCCUCCGCCUGGCAUAAGUGGCAGCCCCGGGGCUAGGGGACUGUGGGGGUGGAGGUUUGGAAAUUCUUCAGUGAGGUGUCAGGGCUUGGGAGGGAAGUGUCAGAAGGGUAGAAGGGAGCCCAUGAGAGCCCCCAAGAUAACCGGAUGAUGGGGAUGGGGGAAGGUGUGGACCCCCUCCGCCUUCGGGGACCUCUGGGACAGCACUUGAGCGCUGUGCCCAACUGUAAACAAGCUCACGUGAUCUGCCCAUGUGGAGCCAGGCUUGGGGCACUGGAUUGAAGAGUGGGCCCAAGGCAUGUUUACCCGGACUCCCUACCCAGGGCCCGGAGGGUUCCUGCCCUUUGAUAAAGUGGCUGGCCUUACCACACUGUGACCACUUUUCAUAGGGUCCUAGCUGUGGGAGCUGGAAGACUCCUUAGAGAUCCUCCUGGCCAGAGCCCUGGCCACUUUAUAAGGAAGAGACUGAGGAAUGGGCAGGCUAGGGGACUUGCCCAGUCACAUAAGUAGUAAGUGGCAGAGCUCCAGUACUCUUUCCACUACGUGCCACCACUUUUCUGGGACAGUGAACCACAAAAAGCUAAGAGACUUUAGUUCCUCCAGGGCUGAGUGUGUGUGUGUGAGAGAGAUUAGGAGGGUAGGGGAGUGGAGAGGAAGGAGCCAGUGGGGAGGGGAAGACCAAUGAUCCUUUGACUCUAGGAAGGGAAAGGGAGGGUUAAUACUUGGAAAUUUGGGACCAUUUUGCCAUGGCCAGGGAAACAUCUUGUGGUUGGAAUGUGGGCACCAUACUACUCUCAGUGAUCAGGAAAACUGUUUCUAGACUAGUAAUCAUUCAGUUCUAUAGCACUUUGAAGGUUUACAAAGUUCAUCCUCCACAAUAAUCUUGUGAAGUAGAUGGAGUAAGUACUCUUAUUUCCAGCUUAUAGGUAAGGAAACCAAGGUUUUUCAGGGUUAAAUGGCAUACAACUAGGGUAAGUAUUAGCAUAUGGGUCUCUUCAUUUAAACAGCUAUGUUAUCAGAGGACCCUAGUUCAAAUUUCCCAUCAGAUUUUACCUGUGUGACCUUGGGCAAGUCGUUUCAUUUCCUUGGGCCAGUUUCCCUUUGUAAAAUAGGGAGUUGGACUAGAUGGCCUCUGAGAUCCCUUUCAGCUCCAUCUGUGACCCUUCGGGGGCAUUUAUUAGGGGCCUUUCAGGCCUGGAGAUACAAAGAGAAAAACCAAAAACAUUGCUUACCCUCAAGGAGUUUGUUUUACUUGGGUUGGGGGUCACAACAUGUAUACAGUUAAGAAAAAUAAAGUUAUUUCAGGGGUGGGAUGAGCAUUAACAGCUGGAGGACUUAAAAAAAGCACUUGGGCUGAGUUGUGGAGGGAGCCAAUGCUAUUUCCAAACCACCAGGCUGCCUCUCUGUUAAGGGAUUUAACCGUUCUCUUAUAGUAUGCAUCAAAUGGAGACAUGCCAGCAACUUUCAUAUGGUCACAAGAGUUGGUUUAAAUGGGAAGACUAGAAAAACAGAAGCUCAGCUGUGUCUUUCAGACUUACUUAGUAAUCUAUUAGAAUUCAGAAAUGAGUGAGUGAGGAUUUUUUGUUUGUUUUACAGAAAGGGCAGAGGGUCCCCUCAGUAACUAGGUAUAUAUGCCCCAUCAGGAAUAGAACUGAUUUAGGGACAAUUGCUAGAAAACAGACCAGAAGUCUUCCAUUAACCUCCCUGUUUCUCUCUAAAAGUAUUGAUCCAGUUUCUCUUUCAGAACAUUCAUGUGGUGAUAUUGAAGAUAGCCUCAUUUAUAAAACAUUUCUAAAAACUUGACAUUUCAACAGAACAUGAGCUUGUCAACAUGGUGCAGGGGCUGUGUCAAUCCAACCUUGUCCUGAAUUCAGUAGGAAAGUGGUUAUUAGCACUUGACAGAUAAUGAUACACUUGCAAUUUAUGAAUGAGUUUAGAAGGGUUUGGGCUGUACAGGGCUUGUAAACAGAAUCCAGGAUGAAGAUUUUUAUAGUUGGAAGGAAUCUCAGAAGCCACCUAACCCAGUCUCCCUCAUUUUAGAGAGGAGGGUUAGUAACUUCCUAUAAGUCAUACAGUGAGCAUCAGACUGAGGUCUCAAAGCUAUGUUUUCUGCCUUGAGUCAGCACACUUUGUGCUUUAUUACACAGCCUCCUCAGUGGAACAGUAGCUAGUUGUCUCCAUUGCCACAUUGCACUUUGGGAGAGUAGUGAUUUUGAAAUUUAGAAUUUCAACACAGUCUGUUUCCCACUAAAGACCUCUUCUGACUUGGUCUGGAGGUGACACAGUUUGCAGAGGCUGUUGGAGUACAGUGUGAGUCUUGGCAAGUCUUACCAAGCUGGAAGGGCUUCAAGCACAGGCCUGGUGAUAGAUUGUGUGUGUCUGUCAUCUGAGGACCAGCCGUGAUAAUUUCAGAAAGGCUUCUCAACAGGUUGGUCACACAGUGAUGAAAAUGUAAGACUAUUUGCAUGGCACCUAUGUGGCUCAGUGGAUAGAGUGCCAAACCUGGAAUGGGAAGACUUGAGCUCAAGUAUGGCCUCAGACACUUCCUGUGUGACCUUGAGCAAGUCACUUAACUGUUUGUCUAGUCCCUUGCCCUUCUGCCUUAGAGUUGUUACUAAAACAGAAAGUAAGGGUUUUUUUUUUUUUUAAAGACAGAUUCAUAGAGGGGUUACAAUCUUUGUUAGUGGCAGAACCCAUGGUGACAAGACAAAUCCUUGAAGUUUUGAUUGGAAGUUUCUUGAGAGCAGGGAUUGUCCCAUUUUUGUUCCUAGCUCUGUUCCUGGCAUAGAGUUGGUGUUUAAUAAAUGCUUCUUGAUUGCCUGAUCAGCAACAUUCUCUACCUUUCCUAAGGGUCCCCUCUGUGUUUUGAAAAUUUCAUAUUAAAGACAAACUGGAGUGUUUCAAAUCAAAGCUGGAAAUUAAAAAACAAUGUGUUUUAAAAAGUAUAAUGUUAAGGGGCAGCUAGGUGGCUUAGUGAAUAGAGAGCCAGGUUUGAAGGUGAGAGGUUCUGGAUUCUGUUUGGCCUCAGACACUUCCUAGCUUGUAUGACGCUGGGCAGAUUACUUGACCCCAGUUGCCUAGCUCUUACCAUCCUUCUGUCUUAGAGCUGAUUACUUGUAUUGAUUCUAAGACAGAGGGUAAGGGAUUUAAAAAGAAAUACAGUGUUGUAAGAGAGGUUUUUUUUAAAAAUUAUUUUAAAAUGUAGAUUACUCAUCCUUUACAUUUUGAAUGUGGUACAGUUUUACCUAUAUGUAAUCAGACAGUUCUAAACUUGGAUCGAGUCCUGAUAAAUGACCAAUACACUAUAGUGGUACAAAAAUAUUAUUAGCUAGUGUAGAGCAAUGGGCAAUUUUCAAAUUGAAUGCCUGCAUGAUACGGGGGAAGUGAUAAUGGCACUCAAAGGAAUACAACACAUUUUUUAACACACCAACAAUCUGAUUCUUUGAAACAAAGGAAUUUGUAGGUUCCUAGCUUUAGAAAUGUAAAAGGCAUUGGAGGCUAUUUAGGCCUGCCCUCUCAUAUUGUAGAAGAAGAAACUAAACUCCAGAGAGGGGCAGUGACUUGUCUAAGAUCACAUAGAAAGAAGUAUGGUUGGAAUUUGAACUCAAAAGCCAGCCAUUGUUUUCACUGUACAAGGCUGCCUGCCCCUUGUAAUUCCCUGUAAUUCCUACAAUAACAGAAAUUCAAAACUGAGGGGCCUUGCAUUUUGGAAAGAGGGCAAAGAGGAUUUUUCAUAAUAAUAUGGCAGAAGUAGAAGAAGCUUAUUGCCUUUAACUGUUCAAUAAUGGAACCACAAAACAAUGUAAUGAAUAUAGUCAGAAGAGAUAUUUUCUGCAUCCUGAUAAGGGUAGGAUGGCCUUGAAGGGGAUUAAACUAUUCAUGAUAAUCAGGGUGAACAAUUGGGGAUAGAAGCUGAUGGUAGCUUGUAUAGUCUGGUUAUAGAAAUGCCCGAGUAAUAGUGAUUCUCAAAGUUUCUAGGCUGGACUCCCUCAGCUUCAAAAAAGAAUGAAAAAGAAACCAAACACCAAAGAUUCUUCCCUUCCAAAGAAUCAUGCCUCUUCCUGUAUAAAAUAGCCAUUAUUGGGAGUAUGUGCGCGCGUGGUGUGUGUGUGUGUGUGUGUGUGUGUGUGUGUGUGUGUGUGUGUUGAGACUGAGUCUCCCCAUCUUGCCCAGGCUGGAAAUGUAGUGACCACCAGUAUCCCAAUACCAAUCAUCAUGAAAGCUUUAACUUGCUCUGUUGCUCCAUUUUUCUAACCUGGGCUGGAUUGCCCUCCCUCAUGUAACCUGGAGUCCCUCUUCCUCUGGAAGUCUACCAUAUUGCUACCAGGCUUCAUGUGGGCACUUAAUCAGCUUUAGUGGAACUGAAGCUCCAAACUCAAGCUUAAAGGAUCCAGCACAGCCUCAGCCUCCCCUAGUAGCAGGAAUUACAUGCAUGGGUCAUCAUGCUUGGAAGUUUUUGUGUUUUAGUCAGCUUGGGUUCCAGAUUACCAAUGGAAGAACUCAGUCGUCUCCCAGAUAUUUCUUCACAUAGUCCUUCCUUGAUAUUUUCAACCCAAAAUGAAUAGAAUGGCACCUAGAAUACAAGCAUCUAAGUUCAGGUCUACUGCCCCUCUCUAUGUAAGAGGAAAGAGAAAGCUCUCUUCUGCCAUUGUUUGUUUGAGGGAGAGGAAAGAGAGCAAUUUGCAAAAUUAUUACCAGAUGGUCUGCACAUUUAAGAUUUUAAAAAACAAAACAAAACCCUGACCUGCUGUCUUAGAAUCAAUAUUGUGUAUCGGUUCCAAGGCAGAAGAACAGUAAAGGACUAGGCCAGCUUUGGCAAAUGUUUUUGAGAUUGUGUGGCCAAACUGCAACUUCAAGCUGUCUGUGAGCCCCCCACAUUACCCCAGACAGUGGAUGGAGGAAGUGCUCCCAUUGGGCUGCUGGGUAGAUGGGCGGGCAUGUGAAAAAUAUCUUUGGGUGUUGUGGAGAGGGGGAACAGAAUAGUCCCUUCCAGCAUGCCAGGGCACAUGUGCCACGCCUUCACCAAUGUGGGGCUAGGCAAUGAGAAUUAAAUGACUUGCCCAAGGUCACACAGCUAGGACGUAUCUAAGGCCAGAUUUGAUCCCAGGACCUCCUGACUCCAGACCCAGCUUUCAAUCCACUGAGACACCUAGCAGCCCCACUUUUAAGAUUUCUUUUCAAAUUUCAUUCAGGAAAGGCACCUGCUUCAAUGCCAGCACUUAUUUCCUAGGAAGGUUGAAGGUAUUUUGGAAUCUCAAAGGAAGCUUGAGCCCAGCUUGGUACUCAUAACCUUUAAGUAAACAGAAGCCCAAAGAGGGAGGCAAGACUACCCUUUGCCAUUCUCUCCCUUCACCUUACCCUAACCCUAACAGCAAGCAGUCACAUUCUUUUUUUUUUAACCCUUACCUUCCAUCUUAGAAUCAAUAUUGUGUACUUGUUCCAAGGCAGAAGAAAGACAAGGGCUAGGCAAUGGAGGUUAAGGGACUUGCCCAACGUCACACAGCUAGGAAGUGUCUGAAACCAGAUUUGAACCCAAGAUCUCCUAACUUCAGGCCAGGCCAGGCUCUCAAUCCACUGAGCCACCUAGCUGUAUUCUUAAUAUAAACUAAUGGUUCCAACAAACUACUUUCAAGGAAACAUUUCAUAUUGGAUGAAACUUAUCUGUUUUAACCAGCAAUCAUUUAUUGAAUGCCUACUUUGUGCCUUUAGCACAUAGUGUGCUACAUGCUGUUGAGGCUACAAAGAAAAUGUGACAAGUUUCCUGCCUUGGAGGACCUUACAAAGGAACUCAAGUGUUUAUUCAGUUCCUGCCAGGUGAACAGAAGAACACUGUAUUAGGAAAUAGGUAGGUGAGAUACAGAUUUAUGUAACAUACAGUCCCUUUUCUAAUGGGGAGAAAAGGACAAGCCAAAGGGAUUUAUUAAAUACCUACUAUGUGCCUGUUACUGUGCUGAAGCUGGGAGAUACAAAGAAAGUAAAAAAAAAAUAGUUGCUGCUUUUAAGGAGUUCACCAUCUAUGGGGGAAGACCACAUGUAAACAAAUGUGUCCAAACAAGAUAUAUGAAGAAUGAAUUGAAAAUCAUCUCAAGGAAGGCACUAACAUUAAAGACCCAGACACAAAUGACUAUGAUAGAAAACUGAACUGAAGACAAAAUCAAUAUAUGUGAAACAAUGAGAGGGCAGUUAAAUGCUGGACUGUAGGAUCUAGCCUAUAAGUAUUUAGGAUGGAGAGAUUAUUAUGGGCCAGAGUUGUUAAGAGAAAUCUUCUUGGGGAAGCUAGGUGGCACAAAUGUCCUGGGUUCAAAUUUGACCUUCAACAGACCCUAGCUGUGUGAUCCCAGGCAAAUCACUUAACCUUGUUUGUCUUGCCCUUGCCCUUACAUCUUAGAGUUACCAAACAGAAAGUAAGGGCUUAAAAAAAAAGAGAGAAGGCUUCUUUAAAGAGGUCGAUUUUUAGCUGAGGCUUAAACAACAGUUAGGCUUUGGUUAGGCAAGGUAGGUAAACUUGUUUGUUUGAACAGGAAUUUCCAAUUUCUCUUACAGCUUGCUUUUCUUUUUAAAUACAUAAUAAAUUCAACAUGUACCUUUCAAACAAGCCCUGCUUAUCUCUUUCCUUCUGUUCUCCUCUGCACAGUUUUUCUUUUCUAAUCUGAACUUAAUCAUAACUCCCCACCCGCUGAAUGUUUCCAUAUACAUACACAGCAGAAUACAAAAAGAUUCCAAAUGGAAUCUUCAUUUCACAUUGCUUCCUUUUGAGAACAUGAUGUAAUAAAUUUUAUACAUUAGUUUCGAAAUCAUCCUCUCUGGUUGGUGCUUCCGUUUGAACUUCCUUUGUUUUCUCUGUAUAGUUUAAAAAAUGUUUCAAUGUCCCCUUCUUUUUUUGACAACCAUAUUUAUUGCCAACCUAAUGAUAAAGAGACAAAAACACUUGGUUGAUAAAUAAAUUUAGUCAAAGAAAACAAAUCAGCCUGGUGUCUCUGGCCAGAAAUAUGUGUCUCCCAGCACCUUGAGUCUGUCCUCUGUCAGGAGGUGGGGGAGUAUGUUUCCUCAGAGGGCCUCUGGACACUUGGCUACUUAAAUCUUUCAAAGUUGUUUUUCUAUUCUUGUCAUUGUAUAUAUUGGUUCCUGCAUUACUAUGCAUUUCCCAGAAUUUAUUUCUUAUAGUAUAAUAGGAAGGAAGGAAAUAGCAUUUAUUAAGCACCUACUAUGUGCCAAGUACUGUGCUAAGCACUUUGCAAAUAUGAAUCUUAUUUAAUUCUCACAAUAACCUUGGGAAGUAGGUGUUAUUAUGACUCUAUUUUACAAAUGAGGAAACUAAGGCAAAGAAGGCUAAGUGACUUGCCCAGGGUUACACAUCUCAUAAGUUUCUGAGAUUGGAGUUGAUCUCAGGUCUUCCUUUUCAUUCUAUCCAAAGUGCCAUUACAUUCAUUCAUAUGCCACAAUUCUUUCAUCUAUUCCCGGAUUGUUGGAUACUGCCUUAAGACUCCUGGUUUUUGCUUCCCUCACCCUGCUUUUAAAUACUUCUUUAGGUAGGUAGUACCUGUCAUAGCAAGAACUAUUUUAAAUAUUUUCAAACACUAGAAGAAGUGAUCUGGCUUAUACAAAUAUAUGUAUUUCACUAUCUUUUUUAUUCAUAUUAUUCAUGUAAAGUAUUCCACAUAACAUGGCAAAGAUUUCAAAGUCCUCCUUUAACUCAUAAAACUCAUAAAAUCCAUUCAAUUUGAAUGUAUAGAAAUGCAGCUGCAAAGAAUAAAUUUAUUUUUCUUGUUAAAAAAAUUUUAAUACUCCUUUAGGAUUGAGAAGUUUGUUUUGUUUGUGUCUAUUCAGAAUCCUCCUCCAUGUCAUCUACUCUCUCGAUCAAUCCGGGCUUCUUUUUCACCAUUCGUUUGCUUGUUAAGUUAGAUGUAUUUUUAUACCAAAUGGUUUCUGUGUUCAACUUUCUUAUUUCCAUUUCCGAUAAGAGUGAGGUCAGCUAACCCCCCACUCCUUCUUUCAUGUUUAUCUACUGUUCUUCUCAUGUACUUCAAUAAUGAGAAAUAGCAAGUUCUACCCCUUUCCUCAGCCCUACUUGAUCUCACCAAGUUCAGGUCAUCUGAUUCCUACACUGAUUUCUACUCUAUAGGGUCAUGCUAUCUGGGUAUUUGGUAUGUAGAAUGUUGGGUCUUCAGGGCCAUCUGUGACAUCUCAGGACAAGGUGCUAGAGAGGAAUGAGCUCCUGGGGGUCACCAAUCCGAGUGUUGCUGUGGCUUCUAAGGAUCUCUGCUGUGGGUUUUCAACUCCUCUGGGACUUUCUCAUCAGGCCUCUCCACUCCUGCUGACAUGGAAUCUAAAGCUUUUCAAGGUAAAAGUUUCUCUACUUUCUGUGUUUGCCUUCAUUGGCACUGGUUGUGCUGGCAGCCUCCUUUCUUCUUGCCUGUGGGCUUCUGGUUGCUUUUUGAUGCACAUCUAAAGUGGAAAGAGUCACUGUAGUUGCUCAUUGGAUGUAAUUUUAAUGUUUUCUUUUCUUAGAGUUGAUCUGUGAUAGCUCAGUUAUCUGCCAUUGUUCAGGUAGCCAUCUUAGCCAGACAUUUCUUCUGUGCAUUAAAAACAAAAUGCUCCAAUGAGUCUCUUUUCUUUUGUUUUUGGCAACUCUGUCUCUAGACCUGUCCCCCACUGGAAAAAAAAAACAAAACAAAACUUCAAAGUUCAUUUACUUUACAGUUUUCUUGUUAUUAUUUGGAAAAUCUUAAGAGCUCUGAUCAACUUGAUCAAACACAAUUCCAAAGGACUCAAGAUGAAAGCUGCACUACACCUCCCAGCAGAGAGGUGAUGAACUCAAGCACAAAAUGAGACAGAUAUUUUUUGGACAUGAUCAAUGUGGGAAUUUGUUUUGCAUGUCUAUACAUAUUUGUUACAAAGGUUUUGUUUUUCUUUCUUUUUUCAAUGGGGAUGGAGGUGACAGGAAUAGAAAAGAGAUUUUUGUUCAUUGAAAAAUUUAAAUUUUAAUUAAAAAAAUACUCUUCUUAUGAUAUAAAUUAUUCUCCUGGUUCUGCUCACUUCUGCAGCAUUCAACACAAGUCUUCCUAGCUUUCUCUGAAACUGUACCUUUCAUCAUUUCAUAGGGUGAAAAAUAAGAUUCUAUCAUCCUUAUAGAACAUAAUUUGUUUAGUCAUUCUCUGAACAAUGGAUACCCUUUUAGUUUGUACUUGCUUAUCAUUACAAAAAGAGCUGCUGUGAAUAUUUUUGGACAUAUGAGUCCUUUUCAUUUUUCUUUGAUUUGGGGUGAUAUAGGUCAAGUAGUGAUAUAGCUCUGUGUAAUAACUUAGUGACUUUUAGGGUAUAGUUCCAGAUUACAUUCUAGACUGACUGGACCAAAUUUACAGCUCUACCAACAAUGCUUUAGUAUGCCUGUUUUCACCAUAGCCUUUCCCAAAAUGAUAAUUUUCUUUUCUUGCCAUCUUUGCCAAUCUGAUGAGUAUGAGGUAGAAUCUGAAAAUGGGUUAUAAAUGCACAUUUCUCUAUUAGUAAUUUGGAGCAGUUUUUCAUAUGGUUGUUGCUAACUUGUAUUUCUUCUUUUGACAAUUUUUCUAUUGGGGGAAUGGUCCUUGUUCUACUUGAUGCAAAUGUUUCCUUUCUAAUGCUAACUGCAUUGGUUUUGUGCAAAACCUUUUUAAUUUUAUGUAAUGAAGGUGGUUUUAUCUCCUGUGAUCCUCUCUAUCUCUUUAAACUCUCUAUGUCGCUGCAAAGUAGCUGUUGGCAGCCAUAGUUGGUCUUUCAAAACAGGAAAAAUAACAGUAUGAAUUAUGAAAGGAAAACAAAUUGAUUUUCUUCUCAAAGUGAGGCAGGGUAAGAAGAAUUUGUAAGGGAACAAACUGAGUGAGUAAAUAUGUUAUUUUUACAUGGGUUGAAUUUUUGGAUGAAUAUCAUGAUGACAUUUUGAGAAAUUGUCACCAUAGGAAAAGGGUGAGAAUUUCCAGAGGUGAGGCCACUCCUCUAGGCCAAUCACAGGAGCCCUUGACUUCUGAGCAAAGCAGCAGGCCAUCAUUACUGUACUCAGGAAGCUGAAGGCUUGUUUAUAUAUCAGGCUGGCUUAAGAAGUCUGCCCAGAUGGCAUUUUUUUCAAGCUUAGGUAACUCUAAUCUCCAAUAAAGUCCUCCUCCAGUACUUUAUCAUCAGCUAGAGAAAGCUCUCAAAGCUGUGUAUUCCAGGGAAGCACAAGCUUUAGUGAGCUUACAAAGGACACCUCUUGUUAGAGAACCAGCCCAAAUGUGGUGAAGCCCAUCACCGAAAGGUUGGCCAUUGGGUGAUGAAUUUGUUUUUCUGGCCAAAGCAACUUGGAAAGACUGUUUACUGAUACAUAGAAGGGAUUCAAUCUGUAUUCAUGGAAGGGAUUGCACUUCUUUCUGUGGCACUGUCCAAGGUCAGCCCUAGACAAAGUUUGGGUCCUCCCCUCUUUUUUUUAAACCCUUACCUUCUGUCUUAGUAUCAAUUCUAAGACAGAAGAGUGGCAAGGGCUAGGCAAAAAGGGUUAAGUGACUUGCCCAGGAUCACACAGCUAGGAAGUGUCUGAUGUCAGAUUUGAACCCAGGGCCUUUCAUCUCCAGGCCCAGCACUCUAUCCACUAUACCACCUGGUUGCCCCCCUACUAACUCUUUCAGAGUUUCUCAGAUCCUAACUUCUAUACAGAUUUUUCCUGGGCUCUCCCAGAAACUUGCCCUUUCAGAUACCUUCAUAUAUGAUGUAUAUGUCUUAGAUAUGUCUCCAUAUUUACAUGUUUUCUGUUGGUUAUAUGCUUCUUGAAAGCAGAGUCUGUGGGGCUUGAGGUUUUGUUGGUUUUGUUUUGGGCCUUUCUUUGUAUCCCUGGCACUGAAGAUAAUGCCUGGCACAUAGUAGGCAAUCAGUACAUUUACUGGUUGACUAACCCUCACCUUACUCAUGCACUCAUGUACACUAUCUCCAACCACUCAGGUAGUUAGCAUCCUAAUGUUGCCCUCUGGUUGCCUCCUGGUUCCUACUGUGAUGCCUCAUCCAAAUCUGUUCUCCCUGGCAUGUGUCCAAUAUUCUGAAUUUCUGCCUUCUUCACUUCAGGGUAUAGCUUCAGCAACCUGUCCCACUAAGGGGAGGCAAUGUGGAGGUUCUACUUCUAAGUUAAUUCACUGUGUAAUCUUGGAUAAGAGACUAGUUUUCUGGGCCUCAUGUUUCUAUAUCUGUAAAACCAGGGGGCUGGUCCAGGCCAGAUGAUUUCUAAAGUCCUUUUCAGCUGAGAUUCAAUGAUCAUUGGAAAGCAAUCUCAUAAACAAAUUCACAGGAGUGUCAAUAUUUGAUAACUAGAGCUUGUUAGUGUAUACAAGGGAACUUACGUGUUCACAUUUUGCAAUAUUGACUCGGGAAAAGGAAAGAAUGAAGAAUGCCCAUGUCCAGAAUCCCAUUAAUUUAGGCCAAUUGCCAUGCUACAUUUCUCUUUUUUGGAAGGGUUGUUCAUAUUGCUGUGGUGACCUGAUGCCAGCUCCUUCCCAAUUUUCAUUAGGAUCAGUUUAGGAGGCAACUUUAAUUCCUAGCCAAGAGAAAUGACAAAUGGAAGCAGGUGCAUGAAAUGGAGCACUGAUAAGCUGAGCAAAAUGGUUUAAUGUUUUUUUUUUAAAUGACACCAAGAAAAUUAACAGUGUAGGUUAUGAUUCAUGGUGAAAUCUGGGGCAGAAAUGAAUUGUUAAAGACACUGCUAGGACUGGCAGGUGGAAAAAGAAAGUAUUAGCAGUGAAGCCCCAAGAACCUUGGAAUUCUGCACAUUCCUAAAGUUUGUCCCCUUAAGUCAAUGUAUGCUUUCCCUGCUGAAGUCAGUCACUGUUGUGGGAAGAGUUUUUUUUUUUUUUUGAAGAGUCCAUGGUAUAGUUCAAAUUUGGCAUCAGACACUUACUAGUUAUAUGGCCCUGGGCGAGUCACUUAACCCUGUUUGCCUCAGUUUCCUCAUCUGAAAAAUGAGCUGAAGAAGGAAAUGGCAAGCCAUCUAUAUCUUUGCCAAGAAAACCCCAAAUGGGGUCAUGAGUCAGACACAACUGAAAAUGACUGAACAACUGUGAUAUAGUGCCAAGUGUACUAAGCUGGAAAUCAGGGCCCUUGGCUUCUUGCCUUAGUUUUGCCACCAACUAGCUAUGUGCAAGGCACUUCCCUUUGAGACCUCUGCUGUGGACAAUGAGAGCGUUGGACUAUCUGUAAAAUCUCUUCUAGUACCAACAUUCUGGAACUGGAAUUCAAUUCUUUGUGUUAAAGAUUUUGACUGUCUCCCUUCUUAAGUGCCUAAAUGUUGGGAAAUGCAUUCCACGCUGUCCAUUACUUUUCUUAGGUUUAAGAAAAAUGUAUCCUUUAAAGCUCAUUUUCUUUGAAAUCCCAGUCUUCAAAGGGGACUCUUUCUCAAAGGAGGCACAAUGGACUGGGACAAUGAAUGUUAUUUAGUGAUUGCAAAUUUGGGUGUUUUGGCUCUAACAAAGCUCACUGUGCAGAGUAAUUAAAAAGCCUAUUGCCCUUGAAACAAAAAGGAUUUACUAAAUGCUGAGAGCACAUAAUCCAACUUGGAAUGUAUGGGUUAUGGUGUUUUGAUUUUUAAAGAAGAAGAAAAAAGAAAAACUAUACAGUAUACUUAGGCUGAAAAGGUAAUAAUAACUUUUUAUGUGCUAUACAUAACUUAAUAUUGCAUGGUUUAUGACCAUGGAGUAAGAAAUAGUAGUAGUAGUAUUACCACAUUCCUAUAAUGCUUAAAAAAAAAAAGAAGAAAGCCCCUGAAGAAAUAGAAACUCACAGGUCAGGGCUGGAUAAUCUGAAAUGUACAGAAUAAUAAACUUAUUGUAUUAUAAGGCAGUGAGUGUGGUGGAAGUGUAUGAGACUUUGGACCAGACAUGAGCAAACCUGAAUUCGAGUCUGAGCUCUGGCAUUAGCUAGGGGUAACCUUAGCCAAGUAACUUCACUUUUCUGAGCCUCGGUUUUCUUAUUUGUAAAUAGAGAUAAUAGCAGCUACCACCUCAUGAGGUUGUGAGGCCCCAAAGAGAAUUUUAAUAAAGCUCUAAAUCUCAGUAUGAUGCAAUAUAAACUGUUUCACAAACUGUAAAGGAUUUAUAUAAAUGGAAGCUGCACUUAUUCUCAGAUUUCUCAGAUGAGAUGAUCUCUGAUUCUUUUGAGCUCUAAACAAUUCUGAUUCUAUGACUAAUAAGCUGUGUAGGUGAAUAAAAAGUGGAAAGUCAGUAUGUACAGCUGCUGGGAAAGCACUUAGUAGUAGACUUAGGUGCUACUGGAUAUGUUGAAAGAUGAGGAGAAAUGGUUUGCUGUUUUUCUAAUGAGCACAAGGAAAAUAUAAUCUAGGGCCCCAUUUGGUCAAAUUUGGAAAGUCUGGAAAUUAGUGCCAAUGAUUAAGAAUCUCCAUCUGGUAAAAAACUUUACCAUUUAUGUGGCCAUUUUUUUUCUGCAAGUGAAUCUGAAUUCAAGGUGAUAAAUGGCUUUCCAGAACGAUUUUAAGGUGCAGUCCACAUAACUGAAAAUUAGAGGUGUACUAGAAUUCUCUAAUUUAAUUUGGCAUCUUUAAAUUAUUUGGGUAAAAAGCAGUGCAUGGAUGGCUUUUGAUUUUUAUUAAAAAUAUUACAUUUAGAAGUACUUGAUUUUUUUUUAAACAGACUAGGGAAACAUACAGUAACACAUUAUCUAGUGGUCAGAUUUAUGACAACUUCAGCUAUCUGAACAUAGCUGGAAAACCAGAAUCAAUCAAUAAAGGACCUCUGAGCUUUGGGGAAAAGAGUUGCCACAAAAGCCACAUUCUCUGCUGUACAGACAGGUGUGGAGCCACCUUCAUUCCGAACUCUUUCUUGGAUUAAAUAACACCUUUCCUCCUAUUCAAUAAACUCCAGUGGCUCCCUAUUACUUCAAGGAUCAAAUCUGAAAUCCUGGGUUUGAUUUUCAAACCCCUUCAUAACCCAGCCCCUCCCUACCUUUCUAGUCUUCUUAAACCUUAGGCCCUUUCACAUGCUCUCUAUAUAAUCCAGUAACACUAGCCUCCUGGAUGCUCCUCUCACAAAACAGACACUCCAUCUCCUUUUUUCACUGGUUCUCCCCUAUUCCAGGAACUUUCUGCCUCUUCACCUCUGCUUCCCUGACUUCCUUCAAGUCUUAGCUAAAAUCCUUGAUUCAGCCAGAAGCCUUUCCUGUCCUUUUUUAGUCUUGAUGUCUUUCCUCGGAUUUAUCCUGUAUAGAUCUGGUUUAUACAAAGCUGUUUAUGUGUGUUAUAUCCUCAAUCAGAUUGUGAGCUCCUAAGAGUAGGGACUAUAUUUACCUUUGAGUUCCAGUGCUUAGUACAGUGCCUGCCACACAGUUGGUGCAAUCGACCAUUUAUCUGAAUUUGGUAUUCCACUUCCUAUGUCUGUGUCACACAGAGGCUGUUCUCCAUGCCUAGAAUGUAUUCUCUCCUCACAUUUGAUUCUUAGAACUGGCUUCCUUCAAAGCUUAGUUCAGGUGCCACCUCCUCAGGGAAGCCUUUCCUUCUCCCUCCAAUUGUUAGUAUUCAAAUAAUCAUGUAUAAAUCUGUUUUAUACAGAUGUCUAUACAGAAGACAAGAUGUCUUCCUCUAAUAGCAUGCACGCUCCUCAAGGGCAGGGAUUCAUUAUUGGCUUAUCUUUGCAUUUCCACUCCUAGCACAGAAUUUAAAAAAAAUACUCUAUGGAUUGGAUUGGAAAAACUCAUAAGUAAAUUUGAACCAUUAUUGAAUUUAUUGUAUUGUAUUUGGUAAUUUAUGUUAUUUUUUUAAUGUAAAAGUUGAUUUGGGGUGCUGAUUUAAAAGUUGAAAUUUUGCUUUGCUUGAAGCAUAGUACUGAAAAGUGGCAUUAAUUGAGAUUGAGGACUCUUCUUUAUUGCCUUAGAAGCUAAAUGUAAUUUUUCAUAGUGCUCUAAUUUUUAUAGUGUUCAUAGUCUGUGAAAGGAGGAUUUAUAAAUGACAGUAUGGUACUUAGAUUAAACCUGUUUUAGCAAGCCAAUAACAAGAGUUAAAGGUCAUGUUUCAUUAAUUGAUUUUUAAAGCCUUUGUCGAUGAAUUAUGAGCUAGCAUGAAACUAAAUGCCAGCCAGCACCUGCUUCUUGCUUAGGUAACAUAAGCUCCUGAAAAUGAGUGAUCAGCCAGUUUUCCUUUUUCUCUUUGCCUGUAUCUCUCCCUCUUUUUCCCUAGGAUUGCAAAAAUGCUUUGGAGCUUUUAACUGAAUCAAAGAGAGAAAUCCAGACUAGAUCAGAGACCGCAAGAAGAGAAGUAGAGGCAAGAGGGACUCAGUGCCAAUGCAGCAACAAAGAAGUCAACCAGAAUUAGUGGAAGGAAAUCUUCCUGUUUUUGUAUUUCCUACUGAGCUGAUAUUUUAUGCAGAUGACCAGUCAACACACAAACAGGUGUUGACACUGUAUAACCCCUAUGAAUUUGCCCUAAAGUUCAAAGUUUUAUGCACUACUCCCAAUAAGUAUGUUGUCGUUGAUGCUGCGGGAGCAGUGAAGCCUCUAUGCUGUGUGGAUAUCGUAAUUCGUCACAGAGAUGUUCGAUCCUGCCACUAUGAUGUAAUAGACAAAUUCCGUCUCCAAGUUUCUGAGCAAAGCCAGCGAAAAGCUUUAGGACGGAAAGAGAUUAUUGCUACCCUCCUUCCAUCUGCCAAAGAACAACGAAAGGAAGUGGAGGAAAAGAGAAUAAAGGAACAUUUGACAGAGAGUGUCUUUUUAAAAGAGCACAUGCUCUAUCAAACAGGAAUUCAUGGGUCCCCAUUUGAGAAAGUUGCAAGGCAGCCUUGGAGUCAGGAAGACUUGAGUUCAAGCCCCACUUCUGAUACACACUGCAGUGUGACCGUAGAAAACAGGAAUGUCUCAUCAGGACCUAGUUUAUUAACUGUUUUCCUGGGAAUAGUGUGCAUUGCAGCUCUGAUGCUACCCACCUUGGGAGAAGUGGAAUCUCUAGUGCCUCUCUACUUCCAUUUAAGUGUGAAUCAGAAAUUAGUAGCUGCUUAUGUUUUAGGCCUUAUCACAAUGGUUAUACUUAGAAUAUGAGCAAGGAUGAAAAAUGGCUUUGGAACAACUUGACCUCCCCUCAUUGUGACUGUGGACUGCCUUUCAUUUUCAUCUGACUCAUAAUGUGUGACAGAAAAACUAUCGGUGAUUCAACAUACUUGCAAAAGUGUAAAAAAACUAUACAUAUACAUGCAUACAUACAUAUAUAUAUCUGUAUAAAUUGAUGUCUAACUUGUUUUAUUUAUUUAUUUUUUAUUUUUUUAAGCCCUUACUUUCUGUCUUAGAAUCAGUACUGUGUAUUAGUUCCUAGGCAGAAGAACAGUAAGGGCUGGGCAACAGAGGUUAAGUGACUAGGUUAGGGUCACCCAGCUAGGAAGUGCCUGAGGCCAUAUCUGAACCCAGGACCUUCCUCCUCUAGGCCUGGCUGAGCCACCCAGCUGGCCCCUAACCCGUUUUAGAAGGAAACCACACAUGUUACUGAGACCUAUGAUGGUUUUGUUGAAUGACUGUAGUGAGAUGUUUUGAAGAAACUGGCUUUUUCUAUCAAUACCUUGUUAUACAGAAGACUUUUAGUAAAGCCAUCUUGGUUAUUUGGUUCUCUUUCUCUAAUCCACUCGGAUUGUUAUGGCCCUGUUUGCCCUCAGGGCUAGAGGCCUACCAGGCUAAGCUGAUGGUUGUGGAAACAGCACUUGUUCAUACCUCUGCCCUCUUAGCAUUUCUCAAGGUGGAGCUGAAGUUAAGAUGAUGUGUAAAAUAUAAGAGUCCCGGGCAAUCCCAGAUGCCCUAGGGACUUAUUGACUACCCAAACCAUGGGUUUCUCCCAGUGAGCUGGCUGUAGCUAACCCCCUGGAUGGCACACUUGAAAGCCACCAAGGCUGAAAAAGCAGUCAGCCAUCAUGGGCUGUCACAGAGGUUUCUCUCUUUGGCCUAAUGGGUACAAUAAUUGGAGGCCAGGUAUGAGCUCAGCCUCUAGACCCACUGGCUUCUCUCUCUGUCUCUGUCCCUCUCCAAUGCUUUGUGUUCAUAAGCAGAAUAUUGAAUUGUUUUGCUAGCCCCUUGUCCUGAAGUGGCAAACCUGAAGGCUUAGCAGAGGCUCUGCUGCUUGUUUUGGUUUGGGGAUUCAUUACUUGCCCUCAGCACAGACGUGGGAACUGUUCCAUUUUGGUCAGGUAUUUCUUUCACCAGCCGAGGCUGGAUUUGAAGCACACACGCACGUACAUUUGGUGGCGGUCUUCUAUUCUUGAAAAAGCUGUCUUUUUACAGACCAUGAGCAUGCCUUGCCACAGUAAUAUGUUCAUUGACUGUGUGGGCAUAAACUUAAAUACAUACCUGAUGGUGAUUUUUGUAAGAAAUGGAACUUGACUUCUAAAAAGCUUUUGUGUAUAAUCUUUCAUAGGCCCACUUGGGGGUCCAGUUUCUAGGAUAUAUUGUUUGUGUCCACAGCACCGAUUGUGUCAUGUCCAGGGGGGAAAAAAAGCACAUGAAUGUAAUGGUGUUGUGGCUGAAGGGCUUGCCCUUUAGUCAGGGAGAUCAGAAUUCGAAUGUAGCCUCUUCCACAUCCUAGCUGUGUGUCCCUGGGCAAGUCACUUAACCUCUCUGAGCCUCAAUUUCCUCAUCUGUAAAGUGGGGAUAAUAAUCACACCUACCUCACAGGGUUGUUGUGAGGAUCAAAUGCGAAAAUGGAUGUAAAGCAUUCGCAAAGCGCUCUGUAACUGUCAGUUAUGAUUUUCUGCUCUGACCUUUGUAUUGAAUCUGAAAAUGAUUCUUGAUUUCUCUGCCCAUCUCAAGUCAUCACUCAAAUGUGGGUGAAAAGGCAUAUGGAGGAGAGAAAUGAUUUAAAGACGAAAAUAAACCAUAUCGGAGUUUUACAAUUAAUUAAA